AUGGAUCCAAGGCUCUACAAAUCUGCAAAAUCAGGGGAUGUUUGCUUCCUUAAACAACUUCUUAACGAUGAUCCCAUGCUACUAUAUCAACUUACACCCCGAGAAAACACUGCCCUCCAUAUCGCCGUGCAAUUUGGACACAAAAAUGUUACAGCUGAGAUUUAUAGCAGAUGCAUGUCCCUUGUCACACAACCAAAUUUAGAUGGAGAUACUCCUUUACAUGUGGCUGCAAGGGUUGGCUGCUUCUCGAUUGUCAAUUAUCUGGUCAGAGAAACCUUGUCCAUGUCACAAGUAGAUUUCGGGAACACCAACAACAGCAUGACUGAGACUCUGAGAACCAGAAAUAGGGGAAACAACACGGUUUUACACGAAGCUGUGAGGAAUGGUCACACCAAAGUGGCUGAGUUCUUACUUAAGAUGGACCCCAAAUUGGCUUGUUUUGAAAAUGAGGCAGGUGAGUCUCCAUUGUACCUGGCUGCAAGAGAGGGAUUGUUAGAUAUUUUGAAUCAAAUUUUACAAUCAAGCCCUUCAUCAGCUCAUGGUGGUUCAGAUGGCCAAACAGCUCUGCAUGCUGCUGUGGUUGAGAGGCAUUUUGAUGUCAUGGAAUCCCUCCUAAGGUUCAAACAGAAGCUGAUCAAACAAGCUGAUCACCAAGGCAAGACUCCUGUCUACUAUGCAGCAUCCCUUGGAGACCAUAAAACAGUUCAACAAUUACUAGAACUCGAUAUUUCGAUUGCAUAUGUUUUGGAUAAACAGGGUUAUUCACCAAUUCAUGUUGCAGCCAGCAAAGGUUAUACCAAUGUGAUUAGAGAGAUUAUUGGACUUUGCCCAGAUUCGGGAGAACUUGUCGACCCUUAUGGACGGAAUGCUCUUCAUAUUGCAAUCUUCAAUGGGCAAACAAAAGUUGUCAGGUAUAUACUAGAAACAGCAGAGCUGGAGGGGCUCAUAAACCAGCCUGAUUUUGAUGGAAAUACGCCUUUGCAUCUAGCCACCAUUGAAAGAAAAACUUGGAUUUUGUGGUACUUGAAGUGGGAUGGAAGAGUAAAUCCAAGAUCGAAGAACAAAUAUGGCCAAACAGCAAUUGAGAUUGAUAGUUCAAUCAAGGAAGCUAAUAUUACACCUCCCAGGAAUAUAAUGCCAAGCAUUUGGGGACAUCUCCGGACACCACCUUCUUGGUUGGACAACUUCAAGGUUUUUUCAAGAGUAGACCAAGAAGAAGCCAUUGCAAUGCAAACGGGCCAGACCCUUUUAAUGGUUGCAACACUUAUCACAACUGUGACAUUUGCAGCAGCCUUCACAAUGCCUGGAGGAUAUAACAAUGAUGUAGGCCCGGACCAAGGGCAGGCUCUUCUGCAGUCAAAUAAUUUUUUCAAGUGGUUCAUCAUCACAGACAGCAUUGCCAUGACUUGCUCAAUAAUUGCAGCUUGCCUUCUGUUCUGGGGAGCUGUUAACAGCAAAGAGUCCUCCUAUGUUUACUAUUUCAAAAGUGCUGCCGCUCUUACAUAUUUUGCUCUGCAAUUCACUGCAGCAUCCUUCACAACAGGGAUUUUGGCUGUCAUGCCCCAUCAGCAAUUUGUCAAAACCUUGGGAACCCUCGUAGGAGCCGCUUUUCAUGUUAUUACCCUUUUGUUUCUUUCCCAGUUGGUGAAAAUGUUUUCACUACCUGAAGCCUGCAGAUUCUUCCUUUUUCAUCUCUGUAAGCUCAAAUGCAAAAGCAAGAACAAACCUUGA